GGCGCGAUGACGUCACGGACACGCCGCCGCAGAGCCCCGGCAUCCCGGAAGCGGCGGCCGUAGGGGAGGCCGAGAGGUUCUUGGACCCGGGUCUCCGGCGGCCCCGGCUGGGACGGGCCUGAGAGACGCUCCGGGGCCCAGCGGGCCUGCCCGUGUCGUGACCGUCGCCGCCGCUCCCCUCCCCAGCCCAGCGACCGGGUUUGCUCCAGGUGCCGCAGGAAGUCACCCGUGGUGGGCAUUGACACAACGCGGGAAUUACGGUGACAGGAUGCAGACGGCUGAGCGUGAGGGGAGUGGGCCGGAGGCCAGCCCCACUGGCAUGUCCGAGGCACCCCCAGAGUCACCGCCCGCCACUGCCAAGUCCCCGGCAGCGUUUGAUCUCUUCAACCUGGUUCUGUCCUACAAGAGGCUGGAGAUCUACCUGGAGCCCCUGCGGGACGCGGGUGACGGUGUCCGGUACUUGCUCAGGUGGCAGAUGCCCUUGUGUUCCUUGCUGACCUGCCUGGGCCUCAACGUCUUGUUCCUCACGUUGAAUGAGGGUGCCUGGUACUCCGUGGGGGCCCUGCUGAUCUCGGUGCCUGCGCUGCUGGGCUACCUCCAGGAGGUCUGCCGGGCUCGGCUGCCCGAGAGCGAGCUGAUGCGCAGGAAGUACCACAGCGUGCGUCAGGAGGACCUGCAGCGGGUCCGCCUGUCCCGGCCCGAGGCGGUGGCAGAGGUGAAGAGCUUCCUGAUCCAGCUGGAGGCCUUCCUGAGCCGCCUGUGCGGGAGCCUGGAGGCCGCCUACCGCGUGCUGCACUGGGAGAACCCGCUCGUGUCCUCGCAGUUCUACGGGGCCCUCCUGGGCACGGUGUGCGUGCUGUACCUGCUGCCGCUGUGCUGGGUGCUGGCCCUCGUGAACAGCACCCUCUUCCUGGGCAACGUGGAGUUCUUCCGGGUGGUGGCUGAGUGCAGAGCGUCCCUGCAGAGACGCCUGAACCCCGGCCAGGAAGAGCCAGCCCGUGAGAGCCCGCCGCCACCGGCCACUGUGGGGAGGGGCACACUGCCCGACUACACACCAGUGUCCACGCCCACAGAGGAGCUCACGCCGGGCAGCGUGGAGGAGGCCGAGGAGGCCGAACCGGAUGAGGAGUUUAAAGACGCCAUUGAGGAGACCCACUUGGUGGUGCUGGAUGAUGACGAGUGCGCCCCGCCGGCGGAGGACGAGCUGGCCCUGCAGGAUAACGGCUUCCUGAGCAGGAACGAGGUGCUGCGGAGCAAGGUGUCGCGGCUCACCGAGCGCCUGCGCAAGCGCUACCCCGCCAACAGCCUGGGGACCUGCACGGGCUGCUCGGCCACCUUCUCGGUGCUGAAGAAGAGGAGGAGCUGCAGUAACUGUGGGAACAGCUUCUGCUCUCGGUGCUGCUCCUUCAAGGUGCCCAAGUCCUCCAUGGGGGCCACAGCCCCCGAAGCGCAGAGAGAGACUGUGUUUGUGUGUGCAUCCUGUAACCAGACACUGAGCAAGUGAGAAGAGGCCGGGCUCCUCGCUGGCGCCGGGCCGGGCCGCUGGAGACCCCCGUCUGCGCCCCGGCACUCGGAGGGGGGCGUAUUCGGGGGCUGACGGGCCCGACUGCUGAGUAGGUUUCCUCUCCCGCCUCGCUCUCUGCAGCCGGAGCUGCUGGACCUUCAGCUUCGAGGGCUGCACCCCUGUCCCCUGAUGGCUUUCGGGGCCCCGCUCCUGAGCCCCCCAGGGGAGAGGAGCCCUCGAAGGCCCAGCUCGCUUGCCCCGCACUGCCCUGGGCUGCGGGGACUCCGCGGGGCAGGGAAUGCCCACUGGAGGGCAGCGGUGAGCCAGGCCUGCUGGCCCAGAGGGCUCCUGGCACCAGGGCCUCUCCAGGCCCGGGAACUCCGAGGCUGGACCCCCGGCAGGGAAGGUCUGCUGCCGGCGGGGGCGGGGCUGAGCCCGGGGGUCCGGGAGAGUCGCACCCCAGGCCUCAGGAGUUCUUGGUUCCCCCACGCAGAGGGCAGAGGCAGGGCUGCUGGGACCAGAACUGCUUCUGGAGAUGGGUCCCCUCAGGCCCCCCCUCCGUGGAGAGGGCUUUGGAGUUAGGCCGAGCAGAGCCCGAGCUCAGCCCGCUCACCGCCCCGCCGGGCAGCUGGCCACUCCUGCUCUCCCGCGCGGCUCCGGUGAGCAGGUGAGCCCCAGGCUGCUGCUGAGGCUGCCCGUGCCGCAGGUCGGCCUCGGCGUGGAGCGAGGGCCCCUGGGCUCCCUCUGCCCGCUGUGCCCCCACUCUGGCGUGUCUCCCCCAAGCCCUGAGCGGGCUCAGGCAUCCUUGGCCCCCGGGGCCGCCCCGCUCCUCCAGUAUUUAUUUAUUUAUUGCGUGGUUCCUGGGGGGAGAUGUGGGGCCGGGCGGGGGGGGGGGCAGCACUGGGUGGACCAGGGGCUUCUGCCCGAGGCGGCUUCCCUGCAGCGGCCCACGGGGUGGAGACAUACGGACCUGAGUAGGGACCCCAGAGGCAGGAGAUGUGGCACUCACCCUGACAAGUCUAGCUGUGAGGGGUGGGGCUGGGGGUGGGGUGGGGGGCGGGGCGGUGUCGCUGGGGCCGGACUGUGCGUCCAGGGGGCCAGGCAGGCCUGGGCACACCCUUGCUGCACCACAGGUGCCCAGCGCUGUAUUCGCCCCGCUCAGGGCCGGGGAGGGCUGUCAAUUAAAAGACCUCGCACUGCUGGA